UAUUACUAUUUCUGCUGCUGUUGUUGUUGCUGUUGUUGCGUUGCGGUUAUUGCAUGUGGUCCCUCUGAAAACAAGGGUACAUCAUCUGGAUGCGAACGGAGAGUGCACUCUCAUACGAUCAAGCAGCAAGUUCGGGCCGGGGGAAUGGGCCCGCAAAGGCAUCCGUUGCUGCGAAACCAGUGAUGCGUGUGUGACACAAUUGAAAGGCCUCCCUCCGCGCGAAUGCAUUUUGCAGUCCUCAGUUUCCAGUCCAAUGUGAAGUGUAAACCGUGCCCCGUUUGCUUCCGUCGAAUGGGAGUGGAACAUUUCGGAGGGUCAUAAAGUGGAAUACAUAAAUGAAUGAUAGAUUUUACCAAAUUGUUGCUGAUUAUAAUCGUUUCGUAUGUUUGUGUGCAUUAUUAAUAUUUAAUGAUUGAAACCAAUGAAUUGAUAAUAUCGUUUUGAUUGCGGGCCGGACGGAGUCUUUGUUGAUUGCUGAUCGGAGAUAACGAGCGAGCUGUAAAACACUAUCCUCGGAAGGUACAUGAAGCCGGACGCGACAGCCAGUAACCGAGUUUCUAAUUUUCUUUUCGCGGGAUAGUUUUUUUUGUGUUCCACUAUUUUCUGUUGUAAAUCCGAUCCAAUCUCGUGUAGUGUUGUGUUAUUUGAGAUAACGGAAAGUAGUGAGCCAGCAACAUGAAUUGAUUGAUGCUGUUUUUCGCUGAAAGAAAUUGGUUUUUAAUACGAUUAUCGAGUUCUCGCUAAGGCACGCAUAUUUCAGUGUUUUGACGGUGCAAAAGAUAAAAAAAUAAGUGCUGCGAAGAAAAACUAGUCCAGUGAAGGUUUUUUUGUGCUUCUCGAAAGCAGCAUUGCAAGUUGCAAAACGAGUGUUUCUGCAAGAAAAAUGCAUGCGUAGCGCAAAUGAAGCGUAAUAACAGUGUUUCGGGCGAUGAAGAGAAAAAAAAUCAGCUGAAAGAAUCAAAACCGGAUCAAAACACGAUAUUUCAGUUGAGUUUGUUAUGACCAUACACCACCCAAUGCGCGUUGAGAUCAUCACCAAACUAAUUCGAAAUUGGAACACUUGAUCCAAAAUAAAGCUCCUCAGUUGCUAAGUUCUCUUAGGGGAGGAUACCCAAAAUUCCGGAAACCGAAAGAGGGUCAACAAGUUUUUUUUGUCCUACUGAAAGCGGAUUCACACCAGAGCGAGCGAGAGUGAGAGCGUGAAUAAUAUCCUGAGCUCAACCGUUUGCAUGUAUUGGUGGCACAGGCGCAGCAUCCAAAGUUCAAGAUCGCCCAGGACACAUCACAGCGCCGACCGUCGUAAUCUUCAGCCGGAAUCCAUAUUCAAACAAACACCGCCCAAGAAGCACUGCGGAUUACACAUUCUUCAGAAUUACUUUUUCGCGUCGUCUGCAAAUGCCACCAAUGACGUGAAGUGUGAAUCAUCUUCCUCAAGCCACAUACAGAACAAUGUGCUAGAAUUUCGGUUACACGGAAAACCUCCAACCGUCAAUUCUGUGCUGAAACACCUGAGCGGGCCAAAGCCGCCGCCGUCGAGCUACCCUUAUUUAUUAUAUUCGCUUGUUUCAGUUUUUGUGGUUUAGCUAUCAUGUUGCAAGCAUAUACAUAGCAAAAUAUUUCUGUUCGAGAGUGAAGUGUACCAGUCGAGACGAACGAUACUUAAUCACUUGUUUGUGUUAGGAAUGCGGGAAAAGUGAAACAUUCCAUGUGGGAAGAAAAGAUGAAAAUCUUUUGAAAAAAUGCAGAUUUCAAUAGUUAUGAGUAGGAAAUGUUAAGGCAAGAAAAGAAAUGUUUCUAACUGUUAUUGUGCUUUGAAAAGAAAAAAAUAAACUGUGUCGCGGCGAUAUAAGAGCAAUUUCCUUGGUAGGGUGUGAGAAGACACAAUAAAAAGUUUUCAUUUCUGCCAUCUACGGGAUUAUAUCAGCUUCAAAACGGGGCUCGCAGCUUUAAACAAGAUGUCAGCCGGAUUGAUGUCGUGCGUUCGCGAGAAUUCGCCCCCACUGGAGAGCCCUCCUGCCACCUCCGGAGCCACCAGCAGCAGCAACCACAGCAUCGGCGGCAACAAUCAGAUGCUGGAUUCGAACGAUAUGCCGAUCACAAUCACCACACCAGAGCAUCAAGCAGCGGGCGAUACUGGCACCACACGCCGCAAGCGAUUCCACCCAUUGCGCAACUUGAGGCGAAUUUUCCGCCGCCGGACGGUUUCCUCGGCCGAUGCCACGCCCCGACAGUUGCUGGGAAAGAGCCAGACACAUAUCCACUUUGCCACAUCCGGCUGCUCCACCACGGAUGUAAUGCUUCCCCGCACCGGACUCGGGGUGCCGAUCACUAUCAGAGCCGAUUCGGGCGGUGGUGGCGGAGUAGGUGCUGGGUUCUACAAGCGGGAAACGUACCGCCUGCGGGACGCCGAUGAUCUAGACAAGGACAUGUCUGACUAUCAACGGAGUCUCAGCGAGGGCCGCCUGGUGGAUAGUGACAUAAGUCGCGAUGGACUAUCCCAAUCCCACGACAGUGUGUUCUCGGAAUCCGCCGGUACGGCCAGCAGUCUAUCGAUUACACUUAAGAACGAACUGGCCGACGUGCUACGCAAACGACGGAAGGAUCGUCAGAGCGAAGCCUCCGAUGAGGACCUUGGGUUUCCGCAAAGUCCGAUAACGCCCCAACGCAAGGAUCGUGGGAUCAAUAAAAGCGAAGGGUCGCUCAGCAUUCUCAGCAUGACUAGCUCGGAUCUGGACCUGGAGGAACGUUCCAUGUCAAACGCCAGUGGACACAAUCUACUGCAUCUGGAUUCAGCUAGCUCCAGCAUGUACAAUCGGUCGUUUGAUAACCAGGAGGAAAAUGGAGCUGACUCUCCAGCAGCCAAACUUAGUCAUUCAGCUGCCAAGCACAAGCUAGCAGUGAGACCAAAAAAGAAGGGACCCACUCGUGCACGUGCUCGUCCGCGUGAGUCAACGGCUCUUCCAGCCACUCCAGAGGUCAACGAGGACACACUGAAGCUCUCCAACACGGAUAUCCCGGUGGAUCUAUCGCCCAGUGCAGAAGAGGCUGAAGCCAAAUGCCACUCGCUUCCAUUUGGUAUCAAUCCGGGUGGGCUGACCACGACUAAUACCAUCCAAUCGGUGCUGAGUAGUAGCUGCAGUACCACCGUGAUUAACAAAACGCCGGCAAGAGAACCAAUCACCAUCAAUCCGAAAUUAUCAGCCUCUGUGUCGCUCAACACAACCGCUCCGAAUUCCAACUCUGGUAUCUACAUUAACAGAAAUAUAUCUAAAAGCUAUGAUUUCAACAGGCACAAUGGCGACGGCCACAUCACAGAGGAGUUCGAGCUUGGCGGCUCGAAAAAAGAAGACGACGGCUUCUUCAAGAAAAUCUUGAACUACAGCUUCAAGAAAAAGAAGCACGAACAAAGUACAAGAGACGAACAUCAUCAACAGCCGGUGAUCAUCCCUGUGGCAUCACCACGAAAAGAGGACAACACCAGUACCAUUUACAUCACAUCAAAUAUGAAUAUGGCACCGGAGCCGAUUGUCAAGCUGUCACUUCCUGUGUGUGAUGCGGAUGUACCGGAAAUGAGCGGUUAUAGAAAGAUAAAGGCUGGGCCAGCGGCUAGACAGAGGAUAUUUCCGAAGGAAAUUUUUAACACAUCAGAUGUUGACAGACCUCAUGAUAGCCACCGAUACUCUUCGAAUGUGGAAGUCAACCGUCACUCGACUUCCUCCAGCGGGAGUGGUUCGAUAAUAAUCACCACAGAUUCGAAGAUUGUCCAGCACAAGAGUGAGGAGUACUUGGUGCCGAAGUGUAGAAAACUUUCGGAACGAAGCUUCGACGAAAGAGACGGGGAUGAACAGAAUGUUCGAAAGUAUCAGUCAAAUGCGGACAAAUUGAAAAAUCCUAGAAUAUACGGACUGAGUCCUUAUCAGCAAAGAAUCGCAAAGAUCGCUGUCAACCAGGAAGAACCGCCCAAGGAAAGUCCCACCAAGCGAAAAGUUGUUGAAAAGUCGAAAAGCUUCCGCGUGUAUAACAGUGACAACAUAUCAAACAAUUUGACCAACGCCAACAACUUACCUAGUCUUCCCAACCUCACCAAUUCACUCUCGAUUGGAAACUUCAGCAAUAACUUCCUCGAAACAGAGCACAAAUUUUUUAGCAUGACCGAAAACAUCAAUGUGGGCAAUUCGAAAAUAUUCAAGGAUUACAUUUCCAAUGUGGACGAGCCAAUUGAGGAGGGUGGCAGAACGAUGGUCGCUUCCAACACAUCGCUGCAGAAGUUCGAGAUAAACGACAAUAAUUUGUUGAAUCCACGAGAAUUGGAACAUAUCGAUCACCAGCCGAAGUCAAUCAUCCUAACCACAAACGCUAUUGUCCCACCGGAAUCGAACAGUGUCCUCAACAAAUCUAACCAAAACAUUUCCCAGAUCGAGGAAACCAUCGAUAAACUCGUUUCGUCUUCGUUCGUCAGUAUCAUCAAGGACGCCGGAAGCUCGGAUCGGUUGGAUCAACCCGAAUCGCCACAAUCGAACCGUGUGCCAGAGUUCAUGAAAAUCCAGCUGAACCGUGUGGAGACGGCCCGUCCCAAGUCAAACGUGGUCCUCUCGACAUCGGCUCCGCCGUCCAGUGCCGACAUUACUCCUUCGCCUAGUCCAGCGAUUCCGGUCUCGGGUAGCGGCGGUUCUAUAGACGAAUCGAUCAAAGCGCGUCGGUUCAGCAACGAGAACAUCGAGAUAACGGAAAGCAAACCACCGUUGCCACCGUCAGCGGUGAUUGUGGCGGCCAGGGGCAGUUUCGUGGAAACUCCAAAGAGCCCGCUGGCGUUCAAAAGAUCCGACGUCGCGUCAAAGCGGAAUUCGGUUAACCUAACGCAGGAGAUUGCUGACGAUAGGAAGGUAAUUCUGCAGCGCCGGACCUCGGUCACGGAGGAAAAGAUUAAGUAUGAACGAAGAAUUUCUUCAUCCUCCGAAGAUAUCAAGUAUGAGCGGAAGAAGUCGGAGGAGGUGUUUGAUAAGAGGAACUGUAAUUAUAACAGCGGAUCCAGCAGUGGGGAUGAAUUGGUCGUUCUGCGGAAAAAGUCAAUUGUAGAUAACCACAGAGACAAAGAUAAAGAUACGCCGGAGUUGAUGAAGGUUUUCGCGAGGAGAUCGCUGAAGCUUCGUUCCGAUGAUGAUUAUAGAAAUGUUGAGGCGAAGCCUCUAUCGAGUGUGGACAGCGACAAGGAGAAUCAUUCUAGUGAGGAGAAACUGGACAAGAUUGUCAAAACGGAGGGAGCUCAUGCUGGUUCCAAAAGCAUUGCUGGUGGGAUGCCAAAGGAAACCUCCGAUCACAAAGCUGCGUCAGAGAAUAAUAAUUCUAACGAAGUGCUGCGGAAAAGCAACCCAAAACCUUUUGGGGUGCCGAAUCGUUUCGGGAACGCAAGUAACGUUCAGAAUAGAAACACAACAUCCUUUGGCGAGCUACGUAAAUCCCUUAUCCCAGGCAGUCCGACAUCGACAGUACCGAACAGUAACAGUUUCGCGAAGAACAGCACGGAGAGUAACGAAUCCUCCGGGAUGAACAACAACAAUAUUAACAAUAAUAAUAACAAUAACAUAAACAGCAACCGCCAUACAAUUGCCACAAUGAACCAGUUUAAUCUGAAUGCUAGCAAUAACAAUAAUAACAACAACAGCAGUAUUACAAACGGAAAUAGCACGACCAUCGAGGCGAUUCGAGAGGUUAAUGAGUUCAAAGGCAUAUUGCAACGUCGAGCGGAGUGGGAAAAGCGAGCCAAGGAGGGAUUUAAAUAAGGUAAAGGCAGUAAACAAUCUUCCCUUUUAGGAGGUUUCUGGGGCAUCCGAUUCUCGUGAAACAUUUCUGAUAAUAGUGUUCAAUUAUUGCUCAAGGUGAGUAAUAUGACGAAUUUCAUGCCAACUUGUCUUAGAAGUUGGCAGCACCAUCUCAAAUAGCAGUGCAACGUUGUGGGUGUAAAAAACAUUGGACGUUUAAACAACUUUGCAGACUUGAAACAUUCAAAAAAAGAAUAAGGCCGAGGACAUAGUAAACGAGAUGCGAUGCGAAUUUCAAUGCGGCGAAACUGUUCGUGGAGUGUUUUGCCGCGUGUGAAUGCAAAUGAUGAUUGUCAGAUGAUUUUCAUAAAUAUCUCCAUGAACCUCACUCUUGAUGUUUUUAUAUUUAUUGCAAUGAGUUCGACGGGCUUCCCAUUUACCAUGUUUAUAGAGAAAAACGAUUUUGAAUAUCGUUGACCGUGGCUUAUGGAGAUUUCAAGAAAAUACGUGCACAUGGAAAUGAAAAUUGCCAUUGAUUGAGUGAAUUAAAAAAAUAAUAUAAGAUACUGGAGAAAAAGUAACCAAAUGCCACUGAGAAAAAUGUUUCAUUUGCUAUACUUUCGAUUUAGAUGUUCGGUUGAAGUUUUUUGAGAAAAAUAUCGCAUACUUAUAUAUUUUUUUGCAAAAUAAAAUGUCUCACAACAAUUCAAUUGUGCAAAAUGAAGACAUGUUAUCAUACCUGGCAUCUUUGUGCUGGGAUGUUUACAUGUGAAAUAGACAGGAAUGUGAAAUUAUUGAAACGUCAAAAACCAAGCGAUUCAAAUUGAUAAGCAUGUUAUAGCCAGUGCGGUGAAAAUUCAGUCUCAAUCGAAAAUAUCGACGAAAAUAACAAAGAAUACCAUUCGUCAUCAAAGAAAGCAUUGCUUGAUCGCUAGAAUUAGGCUAACCUUGUCAACUGUGAUUCGAAAGGGUUCAUUGUUAAUCGAACGCUAUUCCUUCUCAUUUGAAUGUGAUGAAUGUAUUUGGCCGAACGAAAACAAAUAAUUCAUUCUCACAACCUCGGCUUUCCGCAUUGAAGCAUGAUUUCGGUUUAUUCACUGUCAUAUAAGCAAGGCAUACACAGAGCAGGCGAUGGGAGAGCAUUUUCUAAUGCCCCUUACUCAUGUGUUAGCAUCACACUCUCACAGUAAUGCGAGAAGCGUAAGAAUGAAAGAAAUUAAAAAUUCAUUCUCGCGAGUUGUUCCCCUGUUUUUCUCUGAAAACAAACCAAAGCAUCGUCGGGUGUCAAUUGAGUGUCGGUCACUAGUUCAAUUGAUAGGAACAAACGUAAAUCUCAAAUAAUAGCAUGACAAUCGGCUUUAACGAAGGUGCGAUUAUUCAACCGAAAGGGAGGGUGAAAAGUGAAAAGUGAAAAGAGAUCCGUAUGAGUGAAACGUGCCCGUACAUCGAAGUAGCCAACGAGCCCGUGAUAUUCGUGUGAAGAGAAGUGUUGUCAAUGAAUGAAUUGAUUAUUUUCAACACUGGUCAUAGCACGCGAUGAGCUCCAAUUAAUCGCUUCGCAUCGUACUGCGUUCACUAUGUCCUCGGCCUUAGACUACUUUUUGAAAAGGCCAAAGUGUUUUUUAAUUUUUCACAAAAUGAAAUUUUCGUAAAAAAUACGAAAUAAAUACACUGAUUUUUCAGUUUUCAGUUAUUUUAAAAAUUGAACGUUUCAAAAACCUUUGUUUUAAUUCUAAAAAAAUCAUAUGAAUAGCCCUUAUAAUUUCCAACCAGUCAUCCAUAUAACAUCGGAAGAAGGACACUGCUACAUGAAAAAAGUUUUCUUAACAACUACAUUUUCUUUUUUUUUUUUUGAAAAAAUACCACUAAUUUUUAACUCAUAACUUGUUUAUGUGUAAACUACCUGACCCGGCUAAUUUCAUCCUGCCUGAUUAUUCUUGCAAUUUUCUCUUUCUACAAAUUUUCCAAUACUGUAAACAAAACUGGUCAUCAUAAUAUAAAAUUAUUAUCAGACACAAUUCUCUUUCAAGAAUCAUUUGCAACAGAAAACACGUUUCUUCAUUAUAUGGACUAUAUAUUUGAUAUGGAAAAGUAAAUUUUCAUUCAAAAUUUUAAUUUUCAAAGUGUGUUGUUCCAACUAAAAAUCCAUUUCCACGUUCGAACAAAGAUCAAUUUCGUUAGCGCAAAUAUCGAAUGGAAUAACAACGCUUAUCACGAUGUAAUCACGAUGAGAAUUCAAUUUUUCUGAAUUUUCCAACGUUUCUCCAGAGUUUUACGAAAAUUUUCCGAUUUUCUCUCCGUAACAUUGAUCUGUGGGCACAAACGAAUACAACAAUAUGAAGCCGGCUUAAAUUUGAUCAUUCCUUCCUCGAGGAUUCGGCUAUUCAUUUUUAUUUAUACAGAUUAUCACGAUUGACAUGUUCCGCAAACUUUUGACUACAUCUUUCAUUUUAGUACCGGGGGGUAUGUUCAACGUUUCGAAAACGAGAGCGAGACGCUUGAAGUGCAAGAUUUUGAACGAUGAUACCUCUUUGCCGGAUGAACGAAAUGUUAUGACAGUCACUUUAUUCGACAGACAAAAUGUUCAAGAGUUAUGAAAUGAAAACAGGCUAUUUAAAUCACACAAAUCUGUAUAUAAGCUGGCGCUCACUCGGAAAUCCAUUCAAUUUGACAAAUCUCCCGUUCACAUAUUCACAGGUAUCAUGCCAUACGUAAAAUGAUAGACUUAGCCAUUAGAUUUACUUGCAACGAAGAACUUAAACUAUCACAAUGCAUGUAUUGACCUAAAUUGGGAUUUGUUUGCAAUUUAGUUCGGAAUUUUUUUCAUUCAAUCACCAGCCUAAUCAAUAUUCAAUAUACACAAAUGAUUACUAAGCCAACGUCAAGCUUGCGGUUACAUCAUAAGUAUAACUCAAACAUAGUUUUUUUCCAUACAUAUACUUUUCAAAGUUGAAACCAUUAUGUAACAAAAUAUAUGCACCAUAUCACAAUACAGUUAAUGUGGUCUUGAAGCUAGAUCAUUAGUAGUAACAUUUUAAAUAAAAACCGCAAACAAUGCUUUAGAAAACUGAUUAAAAAUAUUUUUGAAAACAUAUUAUGUGUUCCUAAUCCUGUGCACCCAUAAAAUGUAAAUUUGACUGUUAAAAAGGUUAUUGUUGUUAUUUAUUGACAAACAUUGUUAAAUAACAUAACCAAUAUUUGCGUUAUAUGUUUGAUUUAUGACCAACAAAAAGAUAGUCGUCCUGAGAAAUUCAUAUUUCGCGAGUGAGAUUUGAGAGAAAAGUGGAGAAGAAACGUUAUUUAUUGAAAUAAUUAAAUUAUAAUCAUAAGUACUUGCAAAUUAUCUGUAGUGAUUUUGUUUCUAUUCUUGUUCUUUUUCUGGAAUUAGCCCUUGAACUUUUCAUUCAUCAGUUUUAUUUUCUCAAACGGUCAAAUUUCUGCGAUCGUUGUUGUUCUUGGUUCUGUUUUUCACCUUCCGAAUCGUUGUGUUAUUUCUUGUAACGUUUGCAUUAAAAAAAUGGACUUUUUCCGGAUGGCGAUUUUUGUUUUAUUUACGCUUCAGGUUUGUCCAGAAAUUCUCGAUGGGACGCAGCUGGGGGACGUUGGGCGGGUUCGCCGACUUGGGUACCACAUCGAUAUUCAGCCGCUCCAUCUCCUCUAAUAAUUGCUUCGAGUAGUGGGCCGACGCCAGAUCCGGCCAGAACACUGCGUCUUCGCCCUUAUGUUAUUUCUCGAUGAACGACGCAACUUCUGGCAGGCACCUCGUACUAUAAAUUUCCCUGUUUACGGCCAGUGCGGAGCUAAAGAAGAGCGGAUUUGACAUCCCCUUCUCGCUGAUUGUCACCCACAGCAGCACCUUCUUGGGGAACUUGAUGUGUGAAAUAAACUGCACUUCAGAACUCAUUUCCUUCGUGGGGGAAGUAAAAUACGAAGUGCCCUGCCAGUCGUUGCCAUCCAGGGUGAGAUAGUUCUCGUCUUCCAUCACCACCGCCACGUCGCGAUUCGCCGGGAAAAUCGACUUGACCAUUUUAUUCGGCCGCUGCCGCUGCAUCAUUGCCUGUAGCUCUGAGACCAGUGGACGCGACUUUCGCUUCCUGACAUGUAUGUCCAUGUUCGCCAGGUACUUUUUCACUGUUUGGCACCGACCUCCCGACCAAGCGCACGCAGCGAUGUAGCCACUUUUCCCUCGAUCUUUUUCUUCAGCAUCCUUUGGAGCUUCUCGUCACUCAGGGUCAUCGGCCGCCCGGAACCGGGCUUUCUUUCGAUGCUCUGAUUGUUGUCCAAUAGUGCCAUAAUGUUGUAAAUGCCGGAACGGGCGUAUCUGGCGUUCACAAAGUAUCACACGAUGUCCGUUUUUGACGCGGCGGGGUACCGUUCUUUGAACGCGCACACUUCUGAACGGAGUAGCUUCACUGUUUUCCCCAUCACGGUUAGAGUUCGACAAAUAGAGCUGUCAAUUUUUUUCUGUUGACUUAUGGGUUACCAUGAUUGAUGCUGCAUGGGUAGUUUCGUCAGUGUGUGUGAAGAAAUACCAUGCAUCCUGGUUUCAUCCUGCGCAGCGUAAGGAACAAAAACAAAACACUAGGGACCUAAUUAUGCGUGUUAUAAAUCCUCUUUUUUCUGAGAGUUUAUUCAUUUUAAUCACUUUGAAUAAGAAACAUAUACAAAAAAUUUAAAACUUACUGAUUGCGGAUAAGUUCCGAAUUUGCAACACUUUUUUUUUGUUAAAUUGGGAAGAAAGAAGAAUUCGUUGCGACUUAGCGUUGAUGCUAAAGAGAACAAAAAUAUGACUUUUUUAGUGAUUUGUUUUUAAUGUUUUUUGUUUUUAAUGUUUAAUGUUUAAACCCAUUUUUUUCGGUGAAUUAUCGCGUGAUAACAAAGACAAAAGAACAAUGGAUGGUGAUCUUCCGAUGUAUAGAUGACUUGUUGUAAAUUGUUAGGGCAGUUCAAAUAUUUCUUUGAAAAUUAAAAAAAAACUUUUGAGACAAAUGAAUUCUAUUUAAUUUUUUGCAAUUUCCAAUGAAAAUUUUCAUCCUUUGACCAACAUUUUGUAGGAAUUACAGUUUUUCAGUUAUAUUUUUUUGUACGAAAUGAAGAAAAAAAACUUAGUCCCUUUUCAAAAAGUGGUCUAAUUCUUGUUGAAGUUUUCAAGCAUGCAAAGUUGCUUAAAUGACCAAUGUCUUUACACCCACAACGUUCCACUGAAUUCUGAGAUAUUGCUACCAAUUACCAGCCGAAUUGGCAUGAAAUUCAUCAUAUGCGAAUCUAUUUGCAACAAAUUUCACCAAUAGUACGAGAAAAAUCACUGUAGAUCAGUGUAGAUUUGUAAGAUAGGAUCAAUUGGGUCAACCGUGCUCAUCGCUCUCAUUUUGGUGUCCACUCUAGAUGCACUGUUCCCAUACACCACCUUUCAGAGGUGCUCAUUGUGUAGUAGAAUCGAAGUAGUGUUCGCCAGUAGUUUGUUCGCGAUUUCCGAAAACCUGAUCUCCCCACCGAUCCCGAAAUGAACGAACAAGAGUCGUAACUAGAUUGAGAUGCUCCAACCCACCUGUAAUAUACAUGAUAAGGAGAAUCCAAAUUUGCAAAUUUUGACCAAAACGUAAUCUGAAGGUGCACUCGUUCCGAGUAUAUUCGCUGUUUUCCGGUGUAAAAAAACGUAGUCAUCUUCCCCAUUAGUCAAUAGCUGGAAGGAAUUGUUGCAAUGAGUCAGUCAGUACACAUACACCCCCUGUUAGCUUAGCUGACGAUCUUAAAUGUGUUAACUCAAAUUUCACAAGUCCCCCGUUUAGCAAUCGAUAUUUUAUAUUUGUGACGAAAUCAAGCCUCGGAUAUUUGAUUGCCGUAGUCAAAUUCGAUUGUCUCUUCUCGUGCGCGUAGGCUAACCGAUUCGACGCGCGUAAAUACUAUAUAAUCAUUGAAACUAAUCAAGAUUCAUUUCAAAACUAAAACAAAUGUGAUAAAAACAAUAAAUUAACGUUUAUAUAUUCAGCGCAAUAUUUUAGAAGCUGUAUUAAUUUGUAAAACUGAAACUUCCGCCUGUAUAUUUCCGAGUUCUUUUCUAGCCACGGAUAUACUGUAGAGACAGAGAGGCGAAUGAUUUUUAUAUAAAAAUCCUCAAUGUUAUCGAUUAUUUGCGAAAAAGUUUAUACCGAUAAGAGUAAUAGUACGUAAACUGUAAGUUAUUUCAUACAUGUGACGAAUUGAAUUAGCAGCAGAAUUGUACAUACUUUGCGGUUGAUUUUGUCCACUUCUAGAUGUAAGCCUCUAAGCGAGCUAUUUCAGUUCUAAGCAAUGGAACUCAAACCUGACUAAUGUCUCUGCACACGUGUUCUCUUGACCGCAAGUGAAAAAUAAAACAAUUAUGAGAAACGUAUGUUUAAUAGCACUGAAUCAAAAGUAGUAUGUUGGAAUCUUCAAGCUUUCCCCUUGUAUUUACUACUGGAUGUUGCAAAAUUUUAUUCAUGAGGUUUUAUUGUAUUUACACAUUAUUCUACUACGUAAAAGCAUUGCAUACACACAAACACACAACAUACAUAAACAUACAUACUGAGAUAUUUACUCUUGUGAGAUGUUGACAACUAGAAACGACUUUAUCAGAUGGAUUAGAAGUGUUAUUCAGGCGAAGAUAGAAAGCAUUGAAGCAAAGCUAGUGUAGAAAAUGUCAAUAUGAAUGAAGCUACAAAUAUUGAGGAUACAUACGGCUAAUAAACUGUUAGAAAAUAAAA